AUGGAUGUAAUAAGAGACGAAGACAGGCGCAGGCGCCUGAGGGUGCUGGAGGAACGUAUAAAAGACCCAAGGAGCAUCACAAAUAUCGACUGCUUGUUGGAUACGGUUCAAGCCCUGGUGGCAGAUUGUGAUCAUCCCAGCGUAAAACAUGACUCGGUAGCUCAAGAUAUUUGUAAAAUGCGAAUGCGUACGGAUGACUUUACUCUGAUAAAAGUGAUUGGUCGUGGAUCGUUCGGCGAGGUACAGUUGGUGAGACACAAGUCUACGCAAAAAGUAUACGCUAUGAAGUUACUCAGUAAAUUUGAAAUGAUCAAACGAUCAGACUCGGCUUUCUUCUGGGAAGAACGUGACAUAAUGGCACAUGCCAAUUCUCAGUGGAUAGUUCAGCUUCAUUUUGCAUUUCAAGAUCAAAAGUAUCUUUACAUGGUAAUGGAUUAUAUGCCUGGCGGUGAUUUAGUGAAUUUAAUGUCAAACUACGAUGUGCCAGAGAAAUGGGCAAAGUUUUAUUGCGCAGAAGUGGUGCUCGCGUUAGACGCGAUACAUCUCAUGGGUUUUGUUCAUAGAGAUGUAAAGCCAGACAACAUGUUGCUCGACAAGUAUGGUCAUUUGAAACUUGCAGAUUUUGGCACUUGCAUGAGGAUGGAUGUC